ACGUCACUUUAUUCCUAAUUAAAUCCAUCAAGGAUCCUUCUCUCCCCCUCACCAGCAUCCUCAGGAUUCUGUUACAGAAGCAAUCUUUCAGUAAUUUUAUCACACCCUGAGAGGAUCAAGUAAUCUCAUCACUCUACCAGCAAAGAACAAAUAGAGCGAUCAUUCCAUAAGUAUCACUAGUAUCAUUACCAGGAAAACUAGGCACUCGAUUCCAGAAGUCGGUUCAAAGGCAUAAGUGCUGCAAGGGGAAAUCAAAUUCCCUGUUUCAAUCGAAUUCCAGAUACAUGGAGUACUCAAAUGGAGAUCUAAUUAAUCCUCCUCAGGGACCUUAUCACAACACCCAAUUGCUGAGGUUCGAUUCCACUGUGUUUAGGAGACCUUCACCUCAUCUGUUGGAGGAUACAAGGGAGGCCAGAGCCAAAUACCUGAACAUAUGUGUGCCUCUAUACAAAUAUGCAAUGGAGGGUAAUUGGGAAAAAGCUAAACCAAUGUUGAUUCAUGAUAGAACGCUUCUGAAAGCUGCUAUAGCAAUAGAAUGUCCCACUGUACUUCAUAUAGCAGCAGGAGCAGGCCAUCUUCGGUUUGUGAAAGAGCUUUUGAACUUGAUGGAUGAGAGUGACUUGGAUUUACAAGACUCUAUGGGAAACACUGCCUUCUGCUUUGCUGCUGCCGGAGGAAACAUGGAGAUGGUUCGGUUAAUGUUGAAAAUAAAUCCAUUCUUGGCAAAAAUUAGGGGCGGGGACGGUUUCACUCCAGUUCUUUUUGCUGCUUUACAAGGAAGAGAUGACAUGGCGCGGUUUCUAUACCCUAAGACUACUGAUAUACUUGAAGAAGCUGAUUGGAAUAAGUUAUUCUUAACUUGCAUCGACUCUGAUAUUUAUGACUUAGCAUUGAAGAUGUUGAAGGAUAAGCCACAGCUAGCAUUGGCAAAAGAUGAAGAUGGUACGACAGGUUUGCAUAUCUUGGCUCAAAAAAUGAUAGCAAAUUUGAGAAGUCACAGUUCUGAACGUCAAAAUCAUCAACUCAUAAGUUCAGUAUAUGACCUAGGUAUGAAGCAUGGCGUUGCUCUUCAACUUGUCCAUUUCUUGUGGAGAGGAGUUCUGGAUCAAGUAGACUCAAUAUUGGAUAUGAGGAAAAUCAUAAAUGAACCAUCGCGAUUAUUAUUUGAUGCUACAAAAAUUGGAAACUUCGACUUUUUAGCUGAGCUUAUGAAGUCUUACCCUGACAUAAUUUGGGAGUUGGACGACAAAAAGAGAAGUAUAAUUCACAUUGCUGUUCUGUAUCGUCAUCCUGCUAUCUUCAAUCUCAUUCAUGAUAUAAGUGGAAACAAGGAUAUUAUAUUGUCAUUUACAGACACAGAGGAUGGAAACAAUAUAUUACAUUUGGCUGCAAAGUUAGCACCAGCUGAUCGACUUGAGUUGGUAUCUGGGGCCGCUUUUCAAAUGAAGCUCGAACUGCUAUGGUUUGAGGAGGUGAGGAAGAUUGUGUUGCCAUCAUAUGCUAAGAAGAAAAACCUAAAAGGUGAAACUCCUCAAGAGUUAUUCACUAAGGAACACUUUACUUUACGAAAAGAAGCUGAGUCAUGGAUGAAGAGGACAUCUGGUUCUGGUUUGGUUGUUUCAACUCUUAUUGCAACUGGAGUGUUUUCUGCUGCAUUUAGCAUACCGGGUGGUACCAAUGAUGAUACAGGAGUUCCAAAGUGUUUGGGGAAACGAUCAUUUACGAUAUUUGCCAUAUCAGAUGCUAUUGCAUUGAUCUCAUCUUCAUCCUCCAUAUUGGUCUUCUUGUCCAUUCUUAUCUCACGCUAUGCAGAGUAUGACUUUUACAAGUCUCUACCCUUGAAGCUGAUUUUUGGAUUGGUUACUCUCUUCAUCUCCAUAGCAAGCAUGAUGAUAGCAUUCAGCAGUGCAUUCUUCGUAAUAUAUGACCAUGGCUUAAAGUGGGUUCCUUGCUUCAUUUCUCUGCUGUCAUUCCUACCAAUAGUCAUAUUUUUAUUUCUGCAGUUUGAACUUUUUUAUGAUAUUAUUUACUCAACAUAUUAUUUAAGGUUUUUAUUCAGGCCAAGCAAACGUUUGCUUUACUAGAAAAUAGAGGCCAAUUAGGUGGUGUUGUAUCUAUGUAUCUUUUGCUUAUUGUAAUAUAGCUUGGUUUUUCAUUUGAAAAA